GGGACGGCCGCUGCUAUGGGGCACGGUGGUACCGGUGCCAAGGCACCGCCGGUCGUCUCGCUCCUCGAGGGCCGCAUGUACCAGCACUCGACCCCGCAUCACUUCUGCUACACCAACACGCACAAGCCGCGGUGGCACGAGAUCUGGACCAGGAUGCAGAUCCGGGUGAACAGCAGCCGCAUGAUCCGGGUCACCCAAGUGGACAGCGAGGAGGAGCUGGGUGAGUCCAGCGUGUGGAGCUUCCUCUCGUCCUUCCUCAAGGAGAAGCUGAACGACACCAGCAUCGACGUGGAUCUCUACAGCAAGAAAACCUGCCUCAAAGUGGAGCUGCUGGAGGACGGCACCAGCUACUGCGUCGUCCUCUUCCGACGCUUUGACCCGAAGCUGUUCCUGGUGUUCUUCCUGGGGCUGUUGUUGUUCUUCUGUGGGGACGUGCUGAGCAGGAGCCAGCUCUUCUUCUACUCGGCCGGGAUCAGCUUUGGUUUGCUGGCUUCAUUGCUCAUCCUCAUCUACAUGGUGUCCAAGGUCCUGCCCAAGAAGAACCAUGUGUACCUGCUGCUGGUAGGGGGCUGGUCCUUCUCCCUGUACCUGCUUCAGCUGAUCUUCAAGAACCUGCGGGAGAUCUGCAGGACCUACUGGCAGUACCUGCUAGGUUACCUGCUCCUCAUGGGCUUCCUGAGCUUCGGCAUCUGCUACCGGUACGGCCCAUUGGAGAACGAGCGCAGCAUCAACCUCCUCUCCUGGGCCCUGCAGCUCCUGGGCCUCUUGCUGAUGUACUCAGGCAUCCAGAUCCACCCCAUCGCCUUGGCCUUGGUGCUCAUUGCCUUCUGCACCAAGAACCUGGACUACCCAUUGCACUGGGCUUUCGCUGCCUACAGGAGGCUGCAGAGCUCCUGGCUGGGGCCGAGCCCCCCUCGCCUGCUCACGGAGGAGGAAUUCCGGCUCCAGGGAGAGGUGGAGACACGCAGAGCCCUGGAGGAGCUGAGGAGCUACUGCAGGAGCCCGGAGUUCUCUGCAUGGGCAGCAGUGUCCCGCAUCCAGGCUCCCAAGAGGUUUGCUGACUUUGUGGGUGGUGCCUCUCACGUCACCCACAACGAGGUCUCUGUCCACGAGCGGGAGUACGGCCUCGGUGGCAUCUUCCUUGAGGACCAGCUCUUCGAUGAGGAUGAUGAUGAUGAGGAGGAGGAGGAG